AUGUACAAAACCUUGACAUAUAAACAAAAUUGCUCUAAAAAUAAUAGUCCACAACAGAAACCUUACACCAAUGUACCACACUAUUCCGCUGGUCGUCCUUUUCCGUUUCUAUCUUUCUCGCACAUAAACUUCACCGUCACAACAUUCUUCCUCAGUGCAAUUCUACUGUUCAAAUCUCCUCUCAGGGUGAGAAUAUCGCCGACAACUCCUUCUUCAACCUCCUCGAUCAUCCUCAUUACAUCAAUUAUGGAAACACAAAGUUAUGAAUAUACCAUCAUCGACAUCCCCGACAUAGAAAUAGACCAUCUUCAGAGUGACCAGCCAAAACCCCUCAAGGACAAGAAGAUGAGCGGCAGCAUGCGGUUUCUCAGGGUGGCGCUCCUCGUCAUGCGAGGACGUUCCCAAAAGCCAAAGGAGAUUCACCAGGUUGGUCAAAUAGACGAUGGGUCCAAGAGCAGGUGGAACAAGAUUGUGAAUUCCUUGCACCUUCAAAGCAACCAAUCCCCAUGUUCCGUCUCUGACUCCGCCACCAAGUGGCCGGCAACGGAAUGCGGCGGCAACGCUUUUGUGGCGGAGGAGGAGGGGCGUUACUCAGCUUCCAUACCCAGUAGCCGUUACGCUUCGGCUGUGGGGUUGAACCAGUUGGUUGAAAGUGAUGAUGAGGAGAAUGAGAAGCAAGAGGUCAUCGUGGAGUGCAAGGAACACGGUGAUGGAGAUGGCGAUGAGAUGAUUGAUUCCAAAGCUGAGGAUUUCAUUACUCACUUCUACGAAGAAAUGAAGCUGCAACGUAUGAAUACCGUGGAUCGUCUUAAGUCAAAGAAUGAUUCUUAUACCGAGUUUACUCCGUUCACAAUGGUUUGA